AUGUCUUCUAUGCAUCUAAAACAAGACAUUCUGCCAGCCGAUCCUGCUCCAACGAUACUCGAUGCGCCCUCUCUUUCAACUCUUCGUCCGCCAUCCGACUUCAGCGCAGACUACAUCCGCAGUACACAUGUAUUCGAUGGUGCAUGGCCUCGCGACACGCCGUACAUACCCGUGCCAAUCAAUGCAAACGCGCCCGCAGAACGCGAGAGCAAGGAGGCAAAGAAGAUACGAGGCCGCCAAGUCAUGCACGAGCUGAUCGAUCUCAAAACGAGACACGAAGAAGGGAGGCUGCGUUGCGAGACUGGUAGAGAGCAGAGGUUAUGGAUCUGCGCAAAUCGCUACGCUCGAAAGCGGGCGUCGGGGGUGGGAAAAGGCAAGACCUUGAUCUGCACUCACGCGAAUGGCAUGCACAAGGCACUGUUCGAGCCGUUACUUAAUCGACUCUUCGCCCGGCGCAAUGAUAUCGACGAAGUCUGGGCGCUAGACUGCGUGCAGCAUGGUGACUCUGCGCUACUCAACGACGCUGCGAAUUUUGGAAGUCUGUUCGACUGGUCGGACCUCGCACGCGAUGUCCUCUGCUUUCUACGACACUACCUCCCGCGCGAACCAUGCAACACGCUCCCAACUGUCCUUGAGCGCCUUCCCAUCAACGAAGCUCGCGCACGGCUCGCGAUGGGUUUCACGGGGAGAACCUUGUUUGCACUAGGCCACUCUUUCGGCGGGACGGCCUUGACAUUAGCCGUUCGAGCUUGCCCUGAGCUAUUCAAGGCGCUCAUUCUCGCCGAUCCAGUCAUCUUCCCGAAGGGAGUGGAGUCGAAGGUCUACGAUUCGCUUCGCGCGUACAUACCGGGCGCUGUAGUGCGCCGCAACGGCUGGAUAAGCCGAGAGGCUGCGUAUACGGCUCUCAAGUCCAGACAACCCUUCGUAGACUGGCCGGAUGAGGUCCUACAACUUCACAUUGAGCACGGCUUGGUCGAGACCUCGGAUGGAGGUGUGCGCUUGAAGUGUACCGCUUUCCAAGAGGCCGUCGUCUACAUCGAACACUCCAGCGCGCACAAAGCCUGGGUUGAAUUGCCGAACAUCGACGAGCGAGUAGCGAUCCACUGGAUCGUACCUUCAGCGCAUCAAAGCAUAGUUCGUACAGAGGACCUGGCGGGGGACCGCGUUCGCCGCCGUUCGACGAACUCAUCGCACGUCGUGAUACAGGACGCCACACACCUACUCGUCCAGAGUCACCCACUUAAAGUAGCUGACAAGAUCCAUGAGUUCAUGGAACAUCUGGACAACCAAGCACAGGGUCCAGGCGCCGAUGGAGCUGCGAGGACGAAGCUGUGA